AUGUCCAACCAAAUCGCCGAUGGCUUGAAGAACCUCACUCUCAACUCACCAGACGAGCCCACCUUCUCCCCCUUUCCCAAACUCGUCAACCCUCCCGCCAACGUCCCACCUUCCGACACCGAACUCGAAGCCACGCUGGAAAAUGCGCGCACCCUCGUCCUCAACUCCAACGACCCGGAGAUGCAGCUGGCAUGGGCCGCAGAUGCCCUGGUAUACGUGGGAGUGUGCGCGGACAAUGAAGAGCGACUGGCGGCGGCGAAACCACACUCCUCCCGACCCGCGACACCACGCAUCGAGCACGGAUUGCGCGUAGAUGCAAUGAACAUUGUCACCUUCCUCGCCGAACAGCACCAUCCCAAAGCAGAGUUCCUCAAGGGCAUGUGGUUGGAGUGGGGCCGAUUCGGACAGCGCGAGGAUAAGAAGGAGGCUUUUCGCUGCUACUCGCGCGCGGCGGAUCGGGGCUAUGCGAGGGCAGAGUACCGCAUUGGCAUGCUUUAUGAAUCGUACAAUGAUCCUGCCAAGGCCCUCCGGCAUUACCACCGAGGGGUGGAGGCGGGUGAUGCGGCGUCGUGCUACAGACUCGGCAUGAUGACGCUUCGGGGGCAGCAUGGACAGCAGCAGGAUUACGGCAAAGCCGUCGAUCUAAUUCGCAAGUCGGCCAGUAAAGCAGACGAGAACGCGGCGCAGGGAGCAUAUGUGUAUGGCAUGCUGCUCGCCCGUCAACUACCGCAAAUCAACAUCCCGGAGUCCAUUCUCGCACCCGACGAACAGCAAGCGCGCGUCAACAUUGAAAAGGCGGCAUAUCUCAAAUUCGCCAAAGCCCAGCUCAAAAUGGGAUCAGCAUACGAACUCGCCUCUCUGGGCUGCGAAUUCAACCCCGCUCUCUCCAUGCACUACAAUGCCCUGGCUGCAAAGCAAGGCGAGGCGGAAGCAGACAUGGCGCUGAGCAAAUGGUUUCUCGUCGGCUCCGAAGGUCUCUUCCCCAAGAACGAAGAGCUGGCGUAUACCUACGCCGAACGCGCGGCACAAAACAGCCUGGCGACUGCCGAGUUUGCCCUGGGCUACUUCAACGAGAUUGGCGUCUAUGUCCCGGUCAAUCUCGACAAGGCGCUCGAGUGGUAUCACAAAGCGGCGAAGCAUGGCAACGCGGAUGCGACUGCGCGGGUGGAUGCGCUGUCUAAGAAGCAGACGCUCUCCCGUCGAGACCACGAGCAGGUUGCGGUGUCGAGGAUCAAGUCGCAGCAUGGAUCGAUGAGAGGCGCGCGCCCCGAACGACUUCGACAGCAGACUCCUCGCCUGUCCAAGCUGUCCGAGACGUCUGAGCCGCAACCCAGCAGAGGCAGAACUCCUUAUCCCGACGAUUCUCGACCCGCUGUCAUGCCGGACAUUCGAGCGGCGUCAAGUACUCCGUAUCCACUGGACGACGGACCACCAAGACCGAUUCCCCAAACCUACAACACUUUCCAACAGCCCCCUCGACCGGCAACAGUGCUCAACGCUGAAGUGCGACCCAACAGCGCCUACCAGAACCGACGCCCCGUUUCCAGCUCAGGUGCUCCCCCGCAGCACGGCGGCCCAGUUCUCUUCGCCGGCCAAUCGCUCGAUUCAGCCGCUCGCCCAUCCGGUCCCGCCACUCGCCCUGCUCAACCCCAGCACGCAUCCUCCCUCCCGCCUGCCUCUGCAGCCAAACCCCCGCCGCGAAUAGGCUCCAUGCCAGCAACGGCAUCCCGACCUUCGACGAGCGGGGGACGACCGGCACAACGACCUCCCAUGCCGCCUGUACCCAAACCUGGAGCCGGAAUGGGGCUCCAGCCUGCUGCCACUGCGCCGGCGAAGACGAGUGCAGCUGCGCGCCCGCCGGGCAAGGGACCCAAGACGUUUGACGAGAUGGGCGUUCCGGCUACGAAGCAGGAUAGCGAUUGUGUUGUUAUGUGA